GCAGUUGACGGACCUGCUCGUUCUCGCUCUCUCCUGUGGGGUUACUUAUAUUAUUAUUACUACUGCUACUGCUGUUAUUGGCUGUGGGCUCUCUGCUGCGUGUCUGUCGUCACUGUGUAACCCGACGCUACAGAAAGCUACAUUUCGAGGGCCUGCAGUGUGGCUGUUUUGUGGAUCUAUUGCUCGACUUCGGCACCACUUGAUGUUAUUGCGUCCUGUGAACAGUGGAGUGUUACCCAGUGCUGUGCUCACACCUCGCUAUUUCUAAGCCUUAGGACUUGGCUCACUCGACGAGGUGUCUCGCAGAUCUGGCGAACGGGACGUAACACAGAGGAGCGCCUGCGCCUUUCCUCCCGCCUCGCGCCGGCCGACACCGGUCUGAGGACGCCCACAAUUGUUAAUAGUUAUGGUGAUGGAUCAGUCGACACUCAGGAAUGUUAUAGUCUGUCAGUGAAGUUGUGUGCAUGUCUAAGACAUCGCGUAUAAAGGGCUCAAGAAAGGCGCGCGGGUGGAGGCCGUUACAGGGGCUAUAUGAUGCUGGGUGCCAUCUGACCGCGUCCACACGCUUCAUGCACCACGCCCCCACCCACAACCGCAGCCACGCCCCAGCCAGGAGCCCAGAUGAAAUUCUACCCUCAGCCCGCGGACUCCCCUGAUGGUGUCCAUGCGUGGGUUCAUGAGGACCUGCUCGAACCACGCUACGCCACGGACCCCAAGGCCGCCAUGGACCCCCUGGACUCCUUCCUGCGGGAUCUGCCGCCUCCGAACUCCACCUUCGCCGAGCUGAAGCCGCUCGAGCCUCUAGACUACCUGACGGCGUCGCCGGACACGUCGGCCUCGUCUCGCCAUGACAGUUCGUCCACCUCGUCCAACUCCCCCGGGAGCCAAUACAAGGGCGCCAUCACCAACACCAACACCUUCCUGGGCUACACCGGGACGCCCGAGCCCGUCACCACCACCACGUCGCCCCUCUCGUCCACGCAGAAGCCCGACGGUUGCCAUACGGGCUACUCCAUCUCGCAAGACAUCGAUGACAUCGCCUCUAUCAUCGGCAGCGCCAUCGCCGACAACAACAUCAACACAAGCAUCAACAACAUCAUGCUGCCGGAGUCCCUGGAGCCGCUCAACGCCCCCGAGUUCCAGGACAUCGAGGCGUUCUUCGAGAGCAUGAGCGGCGGCGUCAAGGUGGAGCCCUCGGACCCUAUGGUCAACUCUACCAUGUCGCCGACAGGCCUGUCCGUGGCGACGCAGGUGCCCCAACCCUCCACCACCACCAUCACCCACAGCACCAUAGAGUACGCACAAACGCCCACGCACUCUCCGAUGCUGACUUCGCUUCUGGCCGCAGGAGCUGUCACCAAUAACAACUACUUGCAAGGCCUCAUGUCGGAUGGGAAUUGCCAUAAAAACGAAAUAUCGAUGCCUAUUCUACAGGCGCGACUCACACAGGGCUUGAAGGACGUCGGAGGAGGACUUCUGAAGGCCGACCCCAUGUUCGCGCGCUCCCAUUACUACACACAAAAGGACUCUAUGCCGCACACCACGGACCCCAACAGUUUCGCCGUGACUACCACGGAUGACCUCCUCACCACAGGCAAAUAUGACAACAGGUCGUACCUGGACAAGACCCAGAUGGCCUCGCCCGAGUCCACCGACCUCUCCUCCACCAAGCUCGGCCUGGAUUUCCCGGGCAUGAAGAACAAGAACCGCAACCGCAUGAACAAGAGUACAAAACUGCCUAUCGCUACCGAGGGCACCAAAGACAAGCCCAUCCACCGCUGCACCGUGUGCAACCGCGGCUUCCUCAACAAGUCCAACAUCAAAGUCCACCUACGCACGCAUACAGGCGAGAAGCCCUUCAAGUGCGAGACCUGCGGGAAGGCGUUCCGACAAAAGGCUCACCUGCUCAAGCACUAUCAAAUCCACAAGCGCGUCGCCAGGGAUUGAAGCCAACCCGCCCUCGCCUCUC